AUGUAUUUCGCAGAUACUUUGUCCCGAGCCUAUCUGACAACCACCGAUCGCUCCCCGACUGAAAAAGAGGUUGAGCGUAUCCAUGCUGUCGAUUUCUUAGCCAUCUCAGAACCACAACUUCCAGAGAUCCAGCAAGAAACAGCAACCGACCCCGUCCUACAGUCCCUCACACAAGUUAUCCUUAAGGGCUGGCCAGAGAAGAAAGAUGAUCUGCCAAUGGAACUUCACCCCUACUUUGAUGUCCGAGAUGAACUGACAGCCCAGGAUGGAGUUCUCUUCAAAGGUCUUCGAUGCCUGGUUCCAUCAAGUCUCAGACCUAAAAUCUGUGAACGUUUACAUGGUGCACACUCUGGUAUUGAAAGCUGCCUUCGCAGAGCUCGAGAAGUCGUCUAUUGGCCGGGAAUGCCUGCUGAAAUUAAAGAUUACAUCUCCAAGUGUGAGAUUUGUGCCAGCUACAAGAAAGAACUGCUCAAAGAACCACUAAUCUCUUAUGAGAUCCCAAGCCGUCCCUGGGAAACAUUUGGAGUUGACAUCUUUCAUUUUGACAGUGGAGAUUAUCUCUGCACUGUGGAUUACUACUCAAGCUACUUUGAGAUGGACUCACUCAAAGACAAGACUGCCAGAGAAGUCAUUCAUACCCUAACAGAACACUUCUCAAGGCAUGGGAUUCCCAGUAAGCUGAUGAGUGACAAUGGUCCACCAUUGAACUCCCAUGAUUUCCUGCAAUUUGCGACCAAUUAUGACAGGGAACAUGUGACCAGUUCUCUCCAUUACCCACAGAGUAACGGGAAAGUAGAAAACACAAUCAAGACUGCCAAGUGUUUAUUGAAUAAAUCUAAAGCUGCAAGAUCAGACAUCUACCUAGUCCUGCUAGAAUGGAGAAAUACCCCCUCCGAGGGUUUACAGAGCUCCCCAGCACAAAGGAUGUUCGGUCGUCGAACUCGAACACUGAUACCAACCACCAGUCAACUACUGAAGCCCAAGAUAGUGGAAGAGGUGCCAGAUAAACUCUUCAGAAGGAAACAGUUGCAAGCAAAAUACUACAAUAUUAGUGCUAAAGAACCACCACCCCUAAACAGUGAAGAUGUUGUGCGUGUCAAGCCAACUGAUAAGUCUGACCAAUGGUACAAGGCGCGAGUAGAAAAGGAAGUCGAUGUGAGAUCAUAUGAUGUGAGAACUGAGGAUGGUCGACUUUUUAGAAGAAAUAGGAGACAUCUCAGAAGCAGCAGAGAACCAGUAGGUUCCAGUAACAGUAACAACCCUGUGACCCCCAGCAUACCAGAUAUAACGUCCAUUGCACCACUCUCUCCUAAUGAGCCAGUGCCAGGAACCUCACAGGAAUUUGAGGAAUCUCCACCUCCCAAAAGGGCCACUGAAACAGGACAACCUAACUCAAGUCCUGAUCCUGCAGAUGUUUCAACAUCGUCUAUGCCUUUAAAGCCAGUGGGUUUACCAGUUACUCGCAGUGGUCGGACUUCCACACAACCUAGCCAUUUGAAAGACUUUGUUGUAUCUAAGUGA